GAAAGUGAGCAUCUCUCUUUUUCCCCCCUGAGUAUUUUGGUAUUUGGGUUUUGACUAAAAAGAGGCUCUUUUUUCCCCCAAAUUUUUUUCAGAUUUGGGUGGGAAAAUUGGGAUGGAGAUGCUUCAAUGGCGGCGUUACAAGUCAAAUUACUCCGACGUUGUGGAUUUUCUCAAAAUGGGAUUUGAGAGAAUCUGAUAGAGGCUGUCAACUUCAACCAUGAAAAUUCUUCAUAACAGUGGUCAACAAGUUUAGGCUGAAACAAUUUGUGUAAGCUAAGUUUUUGUUUGUUGCGGGCUUGUAUUGAUUUCUGGUGCAAGGCUGAGAAGGAGGUCAGGUAAUGGAAUGCAAUAGGGAUGAGGCCCUUAGGGCUAAAGAAAUUGCUGAAAGGAAGUUCAAUGCUAGAGAUUUUUCGGGUGCAAAGAAGUUUGCUCUGAAGGCCCAGAAUCUCUUUCCUGCUCUUGAAGGCAUCAACCAGAUGAUCUCGACUAUGGAUGUUUACAUUGCUGGGGAAUUGAAAGUCAAUGGUGAGAGAGAUUGGUAUGCCAUUCUCUCUGUCCAAGCAAUGGCGGACGAGGAAACCGUGAAGAAACAGUACAGGAAGCUAGCUCUCCAACUUCACCCUGAUAAGAACAAGUCUUUAGGUGCGGAAGGUGCAUUCCAGCUUAUCUCCGAGGCUUGGAGUGUCCUGUCUGAUAGGAGCAGGAAAUUAAUUUAUGAUCAGAAGAGGACUGUGAAAGGAUGCCAGCAGAAAGCUUCCCAAGCUCACAGAGAUCAUCACUCUGCUCCUAAUGCCAAUGGGUUUUAUAAUUUCACCAGCAAAACUAAAUCCCAUGCAAGAGCUCACAAGAAGAGUAACAGUAGCUCUAGAUCUGCUGCAGUGCCACCUCGUCCUCCGAAUGCUGACACAUUUUGGACUUCGUGCCACCGUUGCAAAAUGCAGUAUGAGUACCUGAGAAUAUAUCUCAAUCACAAUCUUCUCUGUCCAAAUUGCAAGGAACCCUUUCUGGCUAUAGAGACAGGGUUUCCAAGCAAUGGGAAUAAUUGCAAUGCUUCUUGGUCAGCUUCUCAGCAUCACAAUGUGAACCAUAAUUCCUCUGCCAAGGACACUUAUGAUGCAGGUAGAAAUCAGAACACUGUCCCAGGAAGCACUGUUUACCAGCAUGGAACUAAUUAUGAUGUGUAUGCCAAUCAAAACUACAAUUGGGGCCCUUUCUCCAGGACUGCUGGGGCUGCAAGUGCAAAUGCUUCAUCAGCUGCUGCUGCUCAGGCAGCAAAUGUGGUUCAUCAGACAUAUGAGAAAGUGAGAAGAGAUCGGGAAGAGUCACAGGCAGCGGCCAAACGAGAGGAGUCUCUCAGGAGAAGAAAUCAUGCUUCAAAGAGGAACUAUAGUACUAGCACUUCUGGUAAUUUUAGCGUGGGUGCUGGUGGCAGCGGGCAUGAUCGGGAUAGGCCUGGAAAGAGGCGAAGAAGUAUAACGGAUGAUUCUGGGAUUAAUUAUGUGGGGACCGAGUCAGAACAAAUGGUCCAAGGCACAGUAAAAUCUGGCAGCACUCUCCAGGGAUUUAAGGUGCCAUAUAACUUGAGUAGAGAAACUGCACAACUGGACAUUCGAAGUAUGCUUAUGGAGAAAGCUAAAGCUGGCAUUAAAAAGAAGUUGGAAGAAUGGAACACUGCUGCGGCGGCCAAGUCAGCAGAAAAGGAGAAAGCAAAACAUAAACAGAAACCAAAAGAAAAUGAUAAUGGCAAAUUAUCUGCUGCGGCUUUUGUGGAUGGGAAUUCUACUGAGAAAGACAUUCAUGACGUUGCUGAUAAGCAAGAUCCCACUAAGAAGGAUUCCUCCAAUGAUCCAAGUUCUGAUUCAGAGAAGGAAAAAACUGGAACUGUGUCAAUUGAUGUUCCUGAUCCAGAUUUUCAUGAUUUUGACAAAGAUCGUUCAGAGAAAGCUUUUUUUGGUGAUCAGGUAUGGGCUACAUAUGAUGGUGAAGAUGGGAUGCCUCGUUUUUAUGCCCUGGUUCAAAAGGUCAUCUCUUCGAAGCCAUUUAAGAUUCGCAUGAGUUUUCUUACGUCAAAGACCAACAGUGAAUUUGGGUCAUUGAACUGGGUUGGCUCUGGAUUUGCCAAGACAUGUGGGGAUUUCAGAGUUGGUAGAUAUGAAGUCAAUGAUACAGUCAACAUCUUUUCUCACAAGGUCCAGUGGGAGAAAGGCCCACGUGGAGUUAUAAAAAUUAUUCCGAGGAAAGGUGAAAUCUGGGCUGUUUAUAAAAACUGGUCGCCAGAUUGGAAUGAGCACACAACUGAUGAUGUGAUAUACAAAUAUGAGAUGGUGGAAGUGCUGGAUGAUUACAAUGAGGAGCAGGGUGUGUCUGUCACGCCCUUAGUGAAGGUUGCUGGUUUCAAAACAGUGUUCCAUCGGCACAUGGACCCAAAACAAACCAGGAUGAUCCCAAAAGAAGAAAUGUUCCGUUUUUCACAUCAGGUUCCUUCCUAUAUUCUCACUGGUGAAGAAGCUCCUAAUGCUCCAAAGGGUUGCCGUGAGCUAGACCCAGCAGCUACUCCAGUGGAGCUUCUACAGGUAAUAACAGAAGUUAAGGAAGAUGAGCCAAUGGAGACUGAUGAACAACAGCCAGUUAGCUGAUCAAAGAUUCUUUUGCUAUAUUAACUGACUUGUUACUUUUGGUUCAUGCCGGGCAUUUGUUCAUGGCUAUAUAACAUCUUCAGAGCUGAAGUUUCGCCAAUGACAGCAAUAUGGUCCCAGGAUGAAAGAUUGUUCUGUGAUAGUUGUUGGUGGGCAUCACUAACCUAAGUUUUGUCUGCUCUGCAAGCUAGCGUAGAAUGACCGAGGUAUUGGGAGUUUAUUUGAGGAUACUUGGCAUUUUGAUCAUUCCAUUGACUGGAGUUUGAAUGAAUCUGGCGUUGGAGAAGGUUAGUUCCAUUGUUUUACUGGUUGCAGCAACUCGCUUCAUCAACAGAGAAGCUGCUUAUGUUCCUCCUGGAUGCAUAUCAUGCAUCUUCAUUUGCUUGUUGUCGUAUUCUUGUUUAUGAUAGUCUGAGCAUCCUUUGAACUUCGUGGUUAUGAUUAAAAUACCAAGAAGACAUUGCUGAUUAUAAGAGGAUAUAAGCUCAUUGUCAUAGUAGUUCUUCAGUGUUGUAUUGAAAUUUAUACAAUUUCUAGUAUUACUUUCCUUGACGCCAUGUAAAGAACAGUAACAUCACCGGGCAUCUUUUGUUCUAAUUGCUUUCAAGUUACAUUUGCAGUUAUGCAGGAAAA